UAUUGUAUUGACUCGAUCGGAAGGGGUUGUCCCAGCACUAUGAUGUUCAGACUGAUGCUCAUCCGAUGUCUAACGUUACCCUUGGCAAUCACUACCACGGCAUUGCUCUUCCACUACACAUUCACCCCCUACUACAGAUCUCAGUCGGAAACUACAGUCGAAGUGCAGCCUGAAAAUUUGGUUUCAGUGAACGUUGUACAAGUGGAGGAAUUGCACAGAGUCAAAAAGGAAACAGAGGACUCGCAAGACCUCGAGGCGGCAAUCCAGCUCCUGAAGGAACAGCGGGAGGCCAAGGCGCUGUACGAGGAGGUGCGCGUCCUGUGCUGGGUCCCCGUGUCCCCGGGGCUCCACAACAAGACCGCGGUUCACGUCAAAGCCACGUGGGGGAAGCGCUGUAACAAGCUGCUCUUCAUAAGUACCAAGGAUGACGCCAGCAUCAGCGCCGUCGACGUCGGGAGCGAGGAAGGCUUCAAGGCGCUCUGGAACAAGACUCGGUCUGCGCUCAAGUACUUCUACGCGAACUUUUUCAACGACUACGAGUGGUUCCUGAAGGCCGACGAUAACACGUACGUUGUGCUGGAGAACCUGCGGUAUAUGCUACGGGCUUAUGACACGAACGAUCCGGUGUACUUUGGGCAUCACUAUAAAUCGAAAGGGGGAUACAAUUCGGGAGGUGCGGGAUAUGUGUUAGGCCGAGAAACCCUUCGUAGGUUUGUCGAGAAGGCAUUACCCAACGAAGCCAUUUGCACAUCACGGAGAUACGGGGAGGAUUUUCAACUAGGCCGGUGUCUCCAGGCAGUCGGCGUCGCAAUCGUCGACACCCGCGACCACCUCAAGCAAGGGAGGUUCUUUCAACAACAUGUCAGGGAAAUCUUGCAGAAUCCUAAUAUUCACUCACACCUUGUUUACUACCCGGUCAAAAAGGAUGGCACGCCAGACAGCUGUUAUUCCGACACUGUCAUAUCUUUCCACCAGAUGUCAAUCGCCGACCUUUAUAUGCUAGACUACCUCAUCUACAAAGUCCGGGUCUUCGGCUACAUCCAGCCUCUGCUCUUACGGGUUCCUCUCCCGCCUGACCUUCAAGGCGUCCCAAACAGGGUGAGUCCCGAGCGGUUUGGUUUCCGAAAACGAGUAACAGAGGAUAGCUGUCGACGUCACUUUUUUUCAUCUAUAUUAAGUAGGUUUGGCUGCAACGCGAUUUUUGAAGCUUGUAAAUAUUUUUUAUUCUUUUCUUUUUUUAAUUGUGAUUUUUUUUUUUUUUUUUUACCUACCAGACGCUUCAAAAGUAUUUCCUGUAGGGGAGACCGAGUCAAAGUGCUUUUCUAGGAUUUGGAAAUGGCAAAGAAUGGAGGUUUAAAACUGGAUCAAAGGAAACAUAAACUUUCCUGUCACUUAGAAAAUAAACUAAUAAUAAAAGAUGCUACAUUA